GUUUUUUUUUUGUAUUUUUGCUAAAAUCUGCGGUCGUAUUUGUUCACUGUCGAUAUAGGAAAUGUAGUGUUGUUCUGUUAUCGAUUAACGCUUCGCUACCAAUAUGACAGUGACCGUUACUCCUGAUCGUCGCGAUGGCACCGCGCAACGCUGGGGUCCUCCUCGUCGAGUGACUCUGAAGAGAAGUCCUGGCCAGCCGCUUGGUGUCAGCAUCGUUGGUGGAAAGGUGGACAUAAUAUCUGGCAGAGAAGACGCGAAUGGCAACGAUAAAGGAAUAUUUGGCAUAUUCAUUAAAAACGUAGUCGCCGACAGUCCUGCGGGAAGAUGUGGGGAUUUACAUACAGGAGACAGAAUCUUGGAGGUGGAUGGAUCAUGCGUGAGGACUGCUCAACACGAGCGAGCUGUUCAGCUGAUAAAGGCUUCUGGAAACACCGUCACGUUGACAGUGCAGAGCCUGAUCACUUGGAAUACAGAUUCAUCAGAUGCAUCACCACCGGCCGCUACACCCAGACCAUCCAUUAAGAAGAGGCCAGCCCCAUCAGCGCCUUCGCUCGGUGGAGCUACUCAGAAACAUGAUAUCAAGAUAACAGUGACAUCAGACAUCGAUGCAAAAGAAUCUGAAUCAAAAGUAGAGAAGGAUACAGAAGAGAAAGAGGUAGAAGACAAACCGAAGACGGUUUAUUCUUCAGAUGAGAGCAGUGAUGAAGAAGACGAUCGAGAACUUCAAGGAAGAACUUAUUCUGAUAAAGGAGUUGAGAUCGAUCGUGCUUCAGCAGGAGCUAUUAAGCGUAGCAGAGAAGAGAAAGAGGCUGAUCCAGAGCAAGAAGAUGACUUCGGCUACACGGCAAAUAAAAUCAGGAAGAAGUAUGGACCCCUUGGUGAAAGCAUUAUCGUGGUUAAGCUGGAGAAGUCCCUCAAAGUGGGUCUGGGUCUAAGUCUAGCUGGACAUCGGGAUAGAAGUCGCAUGGCUGUCUUCAUCUGCGGGAUACAUCCAUCUGGAACAGCUGCUAAGUCGUCACCAGCGAUCAAAGUUGGAGAUGAGAUUUUGGAGGUGAAUGGAAUUGUCCUUCAUGGAAGGUGUCACCUCAACGCUUCUGCCAUCAUCAAGGGUUUAGCUGGACCUGUAUACAAGAUAAUCCUACUGAGGCGCAAAGCUGCGAUAGAAGAUGUAGCUGUGAAACCUUUGACACAGUUUCCUACGGCGUUAGAAGAAGAGGAGGACGACCGGUUCGCAAACUACAAAGGCGUCCGCGACAUUACCAUCAAAAAGGGUCCUGCUGGUCUGGGCAUCAUGAUAAUAGAAGGACGGCAUACGGAAGCUGGUCGUGGUAUAUUCGUGUCCGAUCUUCAAGAAGGAAGCGCUGCAGAACAGGCUGGCCUGAAUAUCGGAGAUAUGAUUCUUGCAGUGAACAGGGACUCUCUCCUAAGUUGUACUUAUGAUGCAGCGGCAGCGAAGUUGAAACAAACGGAGGGUGUAGUCACCUUAACAGUCUGCAGCCCUAACAAGAAGGACUCGGAUAACGCUGAAGACGGCGCGAGUGGUCAGGCGGGAGCUACAACUCCAAAACCGGCACCUUCUCCUGCUAAGCCGGAACCACCCGCCGAUCCAGCUACGGCUCAAAUCCGACCCAACCAAGACACAGUUAUAGAAAUCAAUUCAAAUAAUGAAGUGUUGGGUAUAUUAUUAUUAGGAGGCAGUGAUACUUUAAUAAAUGGUGCAGCGGCCGUGGUUCUAGAUAUUUACAAAAACGGUGUCAUCGCUAAAGAUGGACGACUCAAACCUGGAGACCAGAUCAAAGACUGCAAUGGUAUCGCAAUCACAAAGGAGAUGUCGAAUGAGAGAAUCUCUCUGUCUAUCAAGCAGAAGGCUCCCAAGUUAAAAAUGUCAGUAUUCAGACCAGAGCCGAUAGCGUAUGAUGAAGUAGAAGUGGAGUUAUCCAAGAAGUCCGGACGCCCGUUAGGGCUGGCGUGCGUUCAGCCAGUGGAGGGUACUGGAGUCUACUUGGGAGAACUGCUGCCUGGAUCACCAGCGGAAGUAGACGGCCGUCUCCAGAGAGGUGACUUCCUCGUAUCAGUUGACGGCAAGGAUAUGACGUCGGCAGAUAGCGUCACAGCGGCAACAGCGCUCAAACUGUGCGGCAACAAAGUUCCCAUUAAAGUGAAGAGGUUUAAGAUUAGAUAGAUCUGCUUAAUAGUCGCAACCUAUUCCUGAAUAGGUCAAUUAUUAUGAACAUCUUGGGAAAAUAAUUGGAAUCUUUUAAAAAUUUUGUAGAACGGCGGAACUGUGGCCUGGAUAAAACUUUAGAUGAACAAACAAGAGUUUUAUUAAUUUUUAACAAAAAUAACGACAUGUAGGACCAAUGGUUUUGGUAGUGGUGAAAUAAAUUCAAAUUUAUCAUUUGAUCUUCAGCCAAUAAUAGCUAUAAUAGGCUAGUUUUAAUUAGUGAUUUGCAAAAUUGAGAAUGAAUAGGUUAUUGUAAAUAUAACUGAUUAUUAUUUCGCUAAUUAUUGAAAUGUUAUGAUGUGCCACUAUUUGGAAACACGAGAACAGGUUCAGUCGUUGAUAAAAGUAAAGAAGACUAGAAAAAACUGUUUAUGAUAGUCCAAACAGUUUCGAAUAAUUUUCGGAUUAGCCUGAUAAUACUGAACACUCGAGAUAACACUAACAUUAUAUAAAACUAUGACAUUUAUAAUAGAAAAUAAUACAAUAGUGCCGUUAAUUUUAGCUAGAUCGGAUUGUUAGUUUUAGGAGUUUAUAGUAUAAUAUGCCUUAGGCCGAAAUAGCCCCUCACAUAGUAUAUACACUUCUAUCAAAUUAGCCUAAAACCUUGAGAAGUCGUCGACGAUAUCGGAUAGUGAAGUGCCUACCUAAUGCUAUAAAGAACAGUCAUUUAUUUAAACCAAUUGAGUUUCGAUUUGAAAGGCACCUUUAUAGUAAAAUUACUGAGCUAAUGAAACUUAAUAUCUUAUAUCUCAAAGUGACAUAUACAAUUACAAUGCCGCUCAAAAUAUGGGUUCAAUCAAGAAUGGACAACAUGACAAUGGACAAUGAACAAGGCAGGACGUACUAUCAGGUAAACAUCUUGCUCGAAUCAUCACUUUUCUUAUAAAAAAACAGGAAUACUGUUAGGUAGUAUUAACAGAAGCUGCAUACUUCCACAAUGUAUAUGAUGAGAUAAGUGGUAAAAUGAAAAAUGGAUUAAGAGUAUUUUAUCCGAAUUGAGGUUCGAUAAUUUUGGUUUUCAUCGCGAGUAAAAUGUAUUCCAAAUGUUCAUAGGCAAAAAUUGCUAUCAACAGUGGGGACACCAGUCAAUGAACUAAAUAGCGAAACAUGAAAAGGACAGUCAUUCGUUACACGAGAUAGGGAAAAAGAAGAUACUAAUUCGGGAUUUUUGAAAAUAUUUUCAACGUGAUAUUUGAUUCAGAUAUGCAGGUUCUUAAGUAACUCAUUAUUUACUAUUUUAGCUAUCACUGGACAAGCAUUGCGCUGAUCCGAGAAAUUCAAUUCAUUAGUCAAACAAGGCUUUUUUGAGUACUUAGAGCUUCUUGAUGGUAUCAGUGUGAGUUCUAGUUCAUCUUUCAACCACUCCGGGCCGUACCAGAAAGUUAGUAGCCUUUUUAUAUUUUGCUGCAGACUUUCGGGAGUGUGGAUAUUGGAGUAUCUGUGUCCGUUGUUCGGUCACGCUCAUGCAGUCCAAAUGCACAUGGUGUGGCCUUUCUACUGCUUUUUGUUAUGUGAAUUAGGCAAAUUAUUUUGACAUGGGUACUACAAAGAGUGUAUACUCUCCCAUCUUAAAAGCAUGCACCUCUCCUAUAAUUGCUCUGGUGGUGCAGGGAGGAUUGCUUGCAGUGUUCAGAUACCCCAUACCCCCAAUUUCUAGCUAGCUAGGAUGUUAAACCCAGCCAUACCAUUAUAGAAAAUUUUAGUGUACACAUGUAAAUAGUGUAAAUUAUGCUAAAGUCGUCUACUUCGUUGUUGACAUUGCUUUUGAUGCCCUAAAGUGACUAUAAAAUGAGGAUAUAUUCAUUUUUAUUUUACCAAUUCGCACGACCAAUCCAAAUACACAUAAUAUAAGAAAAAGCGUCAUCUAUUUGUAGAAUCAUUACGAUCGAUUACGAUCCAUGACGUUCUACACACAUAAAAAGACAUAUCAUUCGCAGUCUGACAGAGGAACGGUAAACAUGUGCUUAAUGUGUUGAACAUUUUUCUCCCUAGUCGUGUGUCAACUGUCACUGUCCGAAGAACCCGUCUAAAUUGAACAUACUUGACCUGAAGUGAAUAAAUGUUUUACACUGCUGCUUACUCACCCAGAAUACCUUAAACAACUGGAGUUAAAUGGCAAUGCAUAGAUAAUAUAGCAGUCGAAGCUUAUUAUAGUGUAAUUUAUGGCAUGUAUAUUUCAUUGUCUAUUUCUUUUACGACGUGAUUUAUCUAUAUGAAUAGAAUGUCAUUGAUUAUGCCACGCAAGCAUGGAACUACAAGUGAAAGGAUGGCAUAAUGUCGCAAAGCGAGAAUAUUUUAUUCCAAUUCCUUCUAUAUUAUUCGUCUGUUGAUCUUGUUUAUUAUUUAUUACUUAUUUUGUUGCAUUAUCUAAACAUAACAAUAAGUCGGUUACAAUCAGAAUAGAUUUAUUGUUUAAAAGUAAUAUUUCAGUUAUAUCUUCACCAAAACUAAUUUUAUCGUGAAAACUAAUAAUAUACUUCCAUAUUUAAGGCCUAUUAAGUAAUCAUCAUUGAACACAGCGUUGAACUAUUAUUUUUACUGAAAAUCUGUCCUUUCGGACUGGUAUUUUCAAUUAUAACUAAUUGAUAAUAAAACACUAUUUAAUUAGAUUAAAAAUAAAAUUAAGUCUCUAAUUAAUAUUACAUUGAAAGCGUAGAUUUAUUCUAAAUUGCUGUAAAAAUAUGUUAUUACAUUUAUUUAACAUAAUUUAUUGUUAAUAGUUAUAGAACUAGGUAAUUCAGUGUAAUAUAGGAUUUGUUUUACUUAUAAAACAUGAAGCUAAAAUCUUUAUAGUGUGUAACUUAUAAGAAUACUAGUACAAUUUGUAGAUGCUUGUAUAGUCAGGUACCAGAUGGAUACUACAGUAGCGCCUUUUUCUAUCGUCAAGUAGAAAUAUACAAGCAUUAUUGUGUUUCGGUUUAAAGUGCGACGUAGUUUGUCACAUUACAAGCUUAUGAGACUUAACAUCUUAUCCCUGAAUUCACCAUUGAAGAAGAACGCGAUUAGAAUUAAAAACACUUUGAACUAAUCUUACGCCUGUAAUCGAGUUUAAAGAUUCAAUUAUGAUUUCACCAACACAAACUAAACGCAGUUAUAGGCUUAACGCGUUUAAAUGCUAACCGCCGAAUUUUCGGCUUCAACAUAUUUGAUCGCGUUCAAGAGCUGUCACUGUCGCUACCAUAAUAGAACCAUUGACAUUUAACAAUUUUGAUUUUGUUAAUAUUUAUCAAUGAUAGUUUUGACAUGUAUUUUAUACAUUCUAAUGUUUUGGACAGCGUUAAAACUUGAAUGCUUUUCAACAUCGUACCUUUACUCAUUACUUGGUAGCCUACCAUAACCUGACAGUGGCGCAGUAGUAAUAAAAAAUAGAAUAUAAUUUGUGAAUGUUUAAUCGAGAUCAAGACUGGCAUUUAAACUCGUUUACGUAAAACUGAGUUUCGUUGAACUCAGUUUGUCAUUGGUGAAAUCGGGGCUUAUAAUUCGAAGUGACGAACGUAAUUUUGCGAUGCUGCUUUAAGGUUUUACAAGAACCCUAGGCGGCACUGCCUUUUAAUGGUUAGGGUAUGUAUCACUUACCAUCACAUGAAUGUCUUGCCAUCUCGUCACUUUAUCUCGUAAUAAAACCAAAUGUAGAUCAUCAAUUAUUUUUUUAUAAUUGUAAACAUUUUCUUAACUAUUAUUGUAUCAACGUUAUUGUGACGCGUUAAAUUUGUAAACAAAUUGCUUUUUAAAUGAAAAAUUUAAAAUUUAUAGUUUAGAUAGAUUUAGAUAGUUUUAGUGUAGUUUAGAAAUUUUUCAAUUAAUUUCUUAGCGAAGAAAACAAUCAGUGAUUAAUUAAUUAUAAGUACAAUGUUAAUACCAAAUUAGAUGAUAAUGUAUUAAAUGAAGUGUAAUUAAAUAUGCGCUUUUUA